CCCCGCCCCGCCCCUGCCGCCGCCGCCGCACCGGGCCCGGCCCCGGCCCCGGCCCGGCCCCGCCUUUGUGCGCCCCGGCCCGGCCAUGAGCCGCCGCUAGCGCGGCCCGGUGCUGCCCGCCGCCGCCCCGGUCGGGCCCGGUCGGCCCGGCCUCCCCGCCCCCCCCCCGGCGGGGCCCGGUCCGGCCCCGGCCCCGGUCCCGGUCCCGGUCGGCCCCGGCCUCCCGGGGGUGAAGAUGUCUUCGCGCUCCGCCCUGGCGCCGGGCAACGAGCGCAACGCGGACACGCUGGCGAGCCUGGCGGGGGGCCGCGCGGAGAAGGGCGCGGGCUGGGCGAGCCGCGCGCUGGGCGCCCGCUGCCGCAACUCGCUGGCCGCCGGCGCCGACGAGCAGCCCCACAUCGGCAACUACCGCCUGCUGCGCACCAUCGGCAAGGGCAACUUCGCCAAGGUCAAGCUGGCCCGGCACAUCCUCACCGGGCGCGAGGUGGCGAUAAAAAUCAUCGACAAGACGCAGCUGAACCCGACCAGCCUCCAGAAGCUCUUCCGGGAAGUUCGGAUCAUGAAGGGGCUGAACCACCCCAACAUCGUGAAACUCUUUGAGGUCAUCGAGACGGAGAAGACGCUCUACCUGGUGAUGGAGUACGCCAGCGCCGGGGAGGUCUUCGACUACCUGGUGUCCCACGGGCGGAUGAAGGAGAAGGAGGCGCGGGCCAAGUUCAGACAGAUCGUCUCGGCCGUGCACUACUGCCACCAGAAGAACAUCGUCCACCGGGACCUCAAGGCCGAGAACCUGCUGCUGGACGCCGACGCCAACAUCAAGAUCGCCGACUUCGGCUUCAGCAACGAGUUCACGCUGGGCUCCAAGCUGGACACGUUCUGCGGGUCGCCGCCCUACGCCGCCCCCGAGCUCUUCCAGGGCAAGAAGUACGACGGCCCCGAGGUCGACAUCUGGAGCCUGGGCGUCAUCCUCUACACCCUGGUCAGCGGCUCCCUGCCCUUCGACGGGCACAACCUCAAGGAGCUGCGGGAGCGGGUGCUGCGGGGCAAGUACCGGGUGCCCUUCUACAUGUCGACCGACUGCGAGAACAUCCUGCGCCGCUUCCUGGUGCUGAACCCGGCCAAGCGCUGCACCCUCGAGCAAAUCAUGAAGGACAAGUGGAUCAACAUCGGCUACGAGGGCGACGAGCUGAAGCCCUACAAGGAGCCCGAGGAGGACUUCGGGGACGCCAAGCGCAUCGAGGUGAUGGUGGGCAUGGGCUACACCCGGGAGGAGAUCAAGGAGUCCCUGAGCAACCAGAAGUACAACGAGGUGACGGCCACCUACCUCCUGCUGGGCAGGAAGAACGAGGUGGAGGCGGGCGAGUCGCGCACGGGCAGCACCCUCUCCCUGGCCCGGGUGCGGGCACCCAGCGAGGUGGCCAACGGCACGGGCAAGGCGGCGGCGCACGGCAAGGGCCAGCGCGGGGCCGGCACCUACCACCGGCAGCGGCGGCACAGCGACUUCUGCGGCCCCUCGCCGGCGCCCGCCCACCCCAAGCGCAGCCCCACGAGCGCGGGCGACGCGGAGCUCAAGGAGGAGCGGCUGCCGGCCCGGCGCGCCAGCGGCAGCGUGGGGGGGGCCGGGCGCGCCGUGCCCCCCUCCAGCCCCAUGGUCAGCAGCGCCAACAACCCCAACAAGGCCGAGAUCCCCGAGCGGCACAAGGACGGCGCUGCCAACACGAACAACAUCCCGUCGAGCGUGAUGGCGCGCCGCAACACCUACGUGUGCACCGAGCGCCCGGGCGCCGAGCGCCACUCGCUGCUGCAGAACGGCAAGGAGAACAGCUCGGCGGGCAGCCGGGUGCCGCCGGCGUCGCCCUCCAGCCACAGCAUCGCCGCCGCCGCCGCCUCCUCGGAGCGGGCCCGCCUGGCGCGGGGCACCGCGGGGCGCAGCACCUUCCACGGGGGCCACGUGCGGGACCGGCGGGCCGGGGCGCCCAACGGGCCGCCCGCCUCGCCCACCCUGGCCCCCGAAGCCUCGCCGCUGCCCCAGAGCCGCUCGCGUGCCACCUCCAACCUCUUCAGCAAGCUCACCUCCAAGCUGACGCGCAGGGUCGCAGACGAACCUGAGAGAAUCGGGGGACCUGCGCUCACAAGUUGCCAUCUACCUUGGGAUCAAAAGGAAGCCGAACCCCGGCUGCUCCGAUUUCCCUGGCAUGUGAAGGUGACGAGCGCCCGGCCGGCCGAGGCGGUGCUGGCGGCGCUGCGUCAGGCCGCGCUGGCGGCGGGCUGCCGGGCGCGCCAGGCCCAGCCCUUCCUGCUCUCCUGCACCCGCGACCGGGGCCCCGGCGCGCCCUUCUGCCACUUCGAGGCCGAGGUGUGCCGCCUGCCGCCCCUCGGCCUCACCGGCGUGCUCUUCCGGCGCCUGGCCGGCACCGCCCCGGCCUUCCGCGCCGCCCUGGCCGAGGUGGCCGGCCGCCUGCAGCUCUAGCACCCUUGGGUGCACCGGCUCUGGGUGCUGCAUCGGCACCUGGGGAUGCACCGGCACCCGUGGGUGCAUUGGCUGCAGGGCUGCACCGGCUCCGGGACCCCCCGAGGCUGCACCGGCUCCGGGGGCUGCACCGGCACCCAUGGGUGCAUUGGCUGCACCAGCUCCCGGGGAUGCACCAGCACCCAUGGGUGCAUUGGCUGCACCGGCUCCAGGGGCUGCACCGGCACCCGCGGGUGCAUUGGCUGCAGGGCUGCACCGGCUCCGGGACCCCCCGAGGCUGCACCGGCUCCGGGGGCUGCACCGGCACCCAUGGGUGCAUUGGCUGCACCGGCUCCCGGGGAUGCACCAGCACCCAUGGGUGCAUUGGCUGCACCGGCUCCAGGGGCUGCACCGGCACCCGCGGGUGCAUUGGCUGCAGGGCUGCACCGGCUCCGGGACCCCUGAGGCUGCACCGGCUCCGGGGGCUGCGCUGGCACCCAUGGGUGCACCGGCUUUGGGUGCUGCACGGCUCUGGGACCCCGAUGGAUGCACCGGGACCCCGACGGCUGCACCGGAGGCUGCACCGGGUCUGGGACCCCCAAGGCUGCACCAGCACCCAGGGGUGCACCGGCUCCGGGACCCCCGAGGCUGCGUCGGCACCCGGCGUUGCACCGGCUCUGGGACCCUGACGGCCGCUCCGGAGGCUGCGCCGGCUCCGGCACCCAUGGGUGCUCCCGGGAGCCGUCGGCUCUGGCACUUUGGGGACCAUCGGCUUGGCGAUUCGGGGAUGGGGGGCACCCUGGGCCCGGCUGCGGGUCCCCACCCUGCGCCCCGGGGUGGCCCCGCGCCGGCACCCAGCCCUGUACAUACCGGCGCCGGCUCCGGCCUCGGCCCAUUUUUAAGUUAUUCCUGCCCCGGUCUGUACCCCGCCCCCAAUAAACAUAGGAAACCCGUG